AAGAGCGCAGAGGGUCAAACCACUGCGCCCCGGCCAGAGCUGGAGCUGCGGGAAUACCCUAGAGCGCAGGGCUGGGCGCGGGGAGCUGGCAGUGUGGGGCCAAGAAAAAAGGCUGGGGCCAAAAGCCGGAGCCAGAGGCAGAGAGGGAGCAUCUGAGAGCGGGGCAAGAGUUCGUGGAGAGUGAGGAAGGGGAAUGGAGGGAGUAGGAGUAUGGGGAAAAAGAGGAUUUUGAAGUGAGAGAGUGCGUUGGGCUGGACCUGGAGGGCCCAGGGUGGAGUGAGGCUGAGGAACAACAACGUGGGUUAAGGUGCUGGUGGGGAGGGACUAGGGCUUCCAGGAGGGUCUGAAGGCGGAGGUGGAGGUCAGACCGCACAGGCGAGGGGGUCUGCAGGAACCCGCGGCUUGCAGUCCUGGGCUCCACCAUGCGAGUGCACCUGGGCGCGCUGGCCGGCGCGGCUGCGCUGACCGGGGCGCUCAGCUUUGUGCUCCUGGCGGCGGCCAUCUGCACGGACUUCUGGUACAUCAUUGACACAGAGCGGCUGGAGAGGAGCGGCCCGGGGGCAGAGGACCGGCUGGGGGCCGCCAAUCGCAGCCAGCCCGAGCCUCUGAGCUCCCACUCCGGCCUCUGGCGGACCUGCCGGGUCCACAGCCCGUGCACACCGCUGAUGAACCCCUUCUGGCUGGAGAACGUGACAGUCAGCGAAUCGAGCCGGCAACUUCUCACCAUGCAUGGGACGUUUGUGAUUCUGCUGCCGCUCAGCCUUAUCCUGAUGGUUUUUGGGGGGAUGACAGGGUUUUUGAGCUUCCUCCUCCGAGCUUACCUCCCACUCCUGCUCACCGGAACUGUGUUCCUCUUUGGAGCCAUGGUGACCCUUGCUGGGAUCAGCAUCUACAUAGCGUAUUCAGCCGUCGCCUUCCGGGAGGCGCUUUGUCUACUGGAGGAGAAGGCCCUCCUGGAUGAGGUGGACAUCCACUUCGGCUGGUCCCUGGCCCUGGGCUGGAUCAGCUUCAUCACCGAGCUGCUCACCGGGGUGACCUUCCUGGCAGCAGCCCGCGAGCUCAGCCUGAGACGAAGGCAGGACCAGGACAUAUGAGCCUGGGCGCUGGGUGGAGGAGGGGAGGGAGGGGCUUGGCCCCAGAGCUUCAUCGACUCAUCUCCAUGGGCUGUGUGGCCUCUUCUUCCUCAAAGGCCACUCGGGGAGGCCAGGUGACCCCCAAAUCCCCGUGGACUAAGCUCGGGGUCUGGCUGUUAUUUUAGUGCCUGUGUGCUCAUGUCCAUGUGUGUCUGUGUGGCCUGGCUGACCCAAACUGCUUCACAGGAAAUAAAAAUGAUCCCUUAAUGACA